CUGGUCCGGGUAGCAGGCCGUGGAAAUUUAAGUGGACAUUUCAAGUUCAAAAUGGACCUUCUCGCUGAGCUACACCGUGAUUUAACUAACUUUCUGUCUACCUCAGGAUACACAACGGGUUACACACUAAAAUUCCUCGACCGUCGCCUGUGCCAGAUGGGUGAUGUGAUGAUCAGACACGGAAUCGAUUCGGAACUACGGCUGGACGUGGAACGCCUGUUGCUGGAAAGCAAAGAAUGGAAUCUUCCGAUCGAGCGGGCCAUACUCGAGGGGAACACGGGACGCCUUUGGAUUCAGCGAGCCACUGCCUUCCAAUGGGGCCUGGAGAGCUACAGACAAAGGCCGAUGUUCGGUGUAGGCCGCGGGCGAAUCUUUAUCGAGGACGAACCGCCAACUGACGACCAACAAAGAGACACCAACGGACAACCCAACACGCUCUCGAUGGCCAAUUUUCGUAUGAAUGCACUAAGGAAGGUUCUACGGAACUGUUUCACCUACACUGGAUAUCAGUUGGUCAGCGAACGGGACCCGGAGGACAACCGUGAUCAUGAUUCGAGGAACCUCAUCGAGAUCGCCAUAGUGCACAGAAAGACUAGAGGCGGGCCAGAACAGCUAGGUGGCGCAAGAAGAAUCGAGAUGCUUGUUGGACCGGUUUUGCAUGGCGCCGAUAUAGGCAACGCGGACGAUUACAUUGCGCGUCGCUCGAACGAUAUGCAGCUCAUCGCACAGCACAAAUACCGCGUGGAUCUGCGGCACAUGCCCGACAGUCAUUCUUCCAUCGCCAGUCUUGGCCGUUCGGCGGCCAUCGUAGAUGUACUGCAGGCCAAACAUUCCAGUGCGAUCGAUAUGCGGCGCGGACUGGCCAGUAGUACGAUCUCCUCUUGCAAGGGCGCUUCCUUCAUUCUCUACAACUACGCCCGGCUGGCGGCACUAUUUGAAAAGUACGAGACCAUGCGGCAGACACAAGGCUAUCCGGAACUGCCGUCAACCGUGGAAGGACUCGAUUUUACUUUGCUCACCGAACCGGACGAGUGGCAGCUGCUGUUCGUGUACGUGAUUGGCUUUCCGACCGCCUUACGCCAGACGCUUGGGGACGGUAUGCUGGAACGGAUGGCCCCGCAUCGUUUGCUAGAGUUUACGUUCGGAUUGGUGUCCUGCCUCAGCAAGUACUACCGUCAGACGCGCAUCUUGACGGAAAAUCGACCGAAGCUCGUUCCGGCCAUGCUGGUGCGGCUGUGUCUGCUGCGAAGCGUAUACCACAUGUUGGACGUCCUGUUAAAUCUUCUUAAUCUGGAAGCGGUCACGAAGAUGUAGAGAUACGCAUUGCAGAUUUUUUCUGUAGUAUCCACGAACAUAUGUGUAUAAUUAUUAUGUUGAAUUUUCUCAAGGAACGAGGAACGAAGAUAUUAGAGGGAGGAUACACGUGACGGACGCUUUCUUCAGUAUGCACGAACAAACAUGUAAAAAUGAUUCAUUGAAUAUGUCGUGAUCCGGAACGAACACGGGAAGGAACGAUUGGGUACACGCGGCAAAUGCUUUAUUAUGCAAGGAAGGACAAACAUUUAAGAAUGUUACGCUGAAUUUUCCGGGAUCGGAAAACAAUGAACGAUGUUGAAUUUUUCCACU